CGUUGAGCUCAAUUUUACUUAGUUUUGUCGAUGUAGGCAGAGGGUUGUUGAAAACUGUUGCGAGUGAACUACUCCAGCAUGUCGAACGAGGAGGAGGAGAGAGGGGUAGUUCGAGUCAAAGUCAAGAAAUGUGAAGGAAUCCUGCCAGUGGAGUAUCGCUCUUUUGCAGUCGAUCCACAGAUAACUUCACUCGAAGUGUUGCAGCACAUCCUGAUACGAGCCUUUGAGCUUAAUGGAAGGUGUAAUUUUGGUAUUAGUUAUCUGUCCCGUGAUCGCACUGGCACCGAGGUCUACCUCUCCCUCCUGUCUGACUGGGAUUUAGACGCAGCCUUUGUGAGUGCUGCCAAGCCUUAUCUUCAGCUUAAGAUGGACAUCAAACCAUCUGAAGACAGUCCAGUGCUGGAGGACUGGGAUAUCAUCAGUCCAAAGGACGUUAUUGGUUCUGAACAGCUCCAGGGGGAGAAGAAAUCAUUGUCGUCCACUGCUCUUCCCUUCACCCAGUCUCUGCUGUCCCAGAUGGGGAGAACUCUGUCUAGAGUGCAGCAGGCCUUGAGUUGGUCCUAUGGGGAGGAGGUUAAGCCAUUCAAGCCUCCACUGAGUGAUUCAGAGUUUCACAGCUACUUAAAUGGCUUGGGUCAGCUGACAAAACCAGAGGAGCUGCGGCUACGCAUCUAUCAUGGUGGAGUUGAACCAUCCCUCCGCAAGGUAGUUUGGCGUUACCUUUUAAACGUGUACCCAGAUGGCCUGACUGGGCAGGAAAGGUUGGACUACAUGAAGAAAAAGACAAGAGAAUAUGACCAGCUGAAAAGUGAAUGGACAUCCAGAGUAAGCUCUGAAGAUCUGGAGUUUAUUAGAGGCAACGUUCUUAAAGAUGUGCUUCGAACAGACAGAGCUCAUCCUUAUUACGCUGGGUCAGAGGACAGCCCCCAUUUGACUGCAUUGACUGAUCUCCUCACCACCUUUGCCAUAACACACCCACAGGUGUCUUAUUGUCAAGGCAUGAGCGAUAUUGCCUCCCCCAUCCUUGCCGUCAUGGACAACGAAGCACACGCGUUCAUUUGCUUUUGUGGUAUCAUGAAGCGCCUCGAAGGCAACUUCCGCCCUGAUGGUCAGCUCAUGUCCAUUAAGUUCCAGCACCUCAAGAUGCUCCUGCAGUAUUUUGAUCCUGAAUUUUAUACCUACCUGGUCUCCAAAGGUGCAGAUGAUCUCUUCUUCUGUUACCGCUGGCUGCUUCUCGAGCUGAAGCGAGAGUUUGCCUUUGAUGAUGCAUUGAGGAUGCUGGAAGUGACCUGGAGCUCUCUGCCUCCAGACCCACCUGAAACCGAAGUCGAGCUUUUUGCAACUUUGCUUGAAGGCAACCAGUCCCCUAGUCAUACCGGCAGCUGUUCAAGCUCUGAGAAACUAGAGAAAGAACAGAUGGAGGGGCAGCAGAGGCGACACAUGCUGAGGCCUUCUCGAGAAGAGGCAGAUGGAGGACAGUGUCUCAACGCGGAGGUAGAGAGGAAAGAGGAGAAAGCGUCUGAGAUUGAGUCUGUAGGAGACUAUAAUGUGAAUUCUGUAGUAAAAUAUAAAGCACCUUCACCGACACCUCCUUUUGAGAAGCAGUCUAGUUUUGGAGAGUUUAAGUAUUACAGUGCUCGAAAUGAAGACAGUUUUGAAAUAAAUGAAAUCGAUUCUCCAGAGUCAACGUUAUCUUCAAAAAAGUCUGAGACCACACGUUCAGUGCUACCUCUCACAGUGCGUCAGUCCACAGAAGACAGCGAGGAUGAUCCUGGAGAGAAGCAGGCUUUGAUAAGUAGCGAUGACAAAUUUUUAUCUCCUCAGAUUGAGGAGAAAAGCUUUACCUGUGGGCAGACAGCUCCACAUCCUCCAGGUUUACUGAACUGGAAAAAUGGUUCGGCAGCAUCCCAGUCAGUGUCCAGCUGGAGAAGCACGUUAUCUCCUGAUAUGUCUUUAGGGAGAUUUGCAUCCUCGACUGCAACAUCUAAUGGAACUGGAGUGUACUCCCCAUCAACCCCCACAGGGAAGUCUACGCUUUCCUCACCAUCCUUGGGCAAUAAUCGUUCCCUGCUAUCUUCCCCGGUUCUGUCCUUUGCUAAAUCUCCAUCUCUGCCUAAACCAUUUACCAGCAACCUCCCAUCGCCAUGCAAGCCAUCAGGCACUGGCACAAACUCACCAAGUACAGGCAGACCAGACACGAAACACUGUUCUCUUCCUCCUCCUCAAGAGUUUGGGAAGGGCAAUCCGUUCAUGCUGUUCCUGUGCCUCUCUAUCCUGCUGGAACAUCGUGACCACAUCAUCAAAAACAGCUUGGAUUAUAACGAGCUGGCUAUGCAUUUCGACCGUCUGGUUCGCAAGCACAACCUCGGACGCAUUCUUCAGCGUGCCAAGGCCCUGUUUGCGGAUUACCUGCAAAGUGAGGUGUGGGACUCGGAGGAAGGUGACGAGGUUAGCUUGGACUCGCCGACCACCGCUGCAACCUCGCCACACACGUCCCCCAAAGCCAACUUUUGCAACCUGCAACCCUCCAUGACCACUUCUCAAAACUCGACCUAUAAUCUAGCCUCUACAAUUCCUUCACCCACAACACCAACUGCUCUUUCUUCAGCAUCUUCUUGAUUCAUUUAAUCUGAACGAGUCCCAUCUAGGGUAGUUAUAUAAUCUAUUAUAGUGCUUUUCAUAAGGUUUACCAGUUUUGUUAAUGUGGCAAACCAAAGCUGAACAAAACGCUUCUUUUUCUAAUCCUUGUUUUGUUUUUUACACAGUAUUUUUUUGUGUAUUCAAGCCUUGAUUUACAUUUUUUCUUGAACUUUGGUGCACCACUGAUUGUACUGUAUGUUGUUUGAUUUAUCUUGCACUUUACCUUAUAUACCUUUAGAAGGCAGGGCCUUUUUGUCUGUUGACUAUGUAAAUAAAAUGCCAGAAAAGAACCUAGCAUGACCUUUUGAAAGCAAAAACAGUGCUGGCUGAUUUUUCAAAAGCUUCUAGACAGUUAAUCUUCACGAGUGCAUAAUUUGUUUAGUUAAAUCCCAAAUAUGUUUUCCUUAAGCUUAACAGUACAGGCCUAUAGGUACCUGUGUGUAGUCAUGCAAGCCUGAGUCACAGAGCAGAGAG